CAGAAGUGUAGCCUGACAAAGCGAUUCACACGGCCCGAGUUCAGAAGCCAGCAGCAGGCGGACAGUCGUAAACGCGAUACCAAACAAGCACCACGCACCAUUGGCUGCUCACCUCGCGCAACUAGGUCAAACAGACCACCUUAACAUGAACUAUCCUUCAAACACAAACCCCAUAAUGUGGUUCCAAGUUAUUUUGGUGCUUCUAUCGUACUCCACCGCUGAACCGCAGUUGGAUUUGCCGCCGAUUUCAAGCACGCAACGCAACUAUGGGUACGGCUUGUUGUCUAGUACGCCUACAUCGAUAAACUCACCUGGAAACCAGUACGAUGUGAAUAGGAACUUCCAGUACAGUUCUGCAAGACCUGUAUCAUCAACUCAGUCAGCAGGAAUUUACCCAGUAUCUUCCACUCCAUACAGUAUAAACCCUGACAUCAGCAACAAUGGGUACCCAAGUCUUGAUUAUGGAAAUGGGCGAAACCCUAGUUCGACUUCAAGACCCUAUGAUGACAGGAAUCGAGAUGACUCUAUAGACAUAAACAAUGAUCCUAACUUCAGGAAAAAUGAUCCUAACUUUGUUCGUAAUGAUCCUAAUUAUGUUGGAGCUAAUCCUUAUGAUUUUAACAGGGGUGUUGAUAAUAAUAAUAUAGAUGACAGGCUGCAGCAUGUAAAUUUACAGCAGGUUAGAGAUUUCUUGGCUCAGGCUGAUGAUCAGGCGUCGAAGGAGUGCACAAACAAUGUUGCAGCUCAGUGGAACUUCGAGACUGAUGUCAACGAUGCUACACAGCAUGCUGCGUUGGAUGCCCAGCAACGCUACACUUUAUUCCAACGUGGUCUCUGGGAGGCAGCUCAACAGAUACCUCGAGGUGGUCUCCGGGACUAUGCUACCUUCAGACAGCUGAGGCUACUCUCCAUCAUUGGACCAGCUGCACUACCACCAGACCAGCUGGAUAGAUACAACCGCAUCAUCAACGACAUGUUAGCAGUCUAUAACACCGCAGAAGUAUGUGCCUACAACGAGCCUUUCAAAUGUGGUCUCCAUCUUCAGCCUGAACUCCAGUUCAUCAUGUCACACUCCAGGGAUUGGGAUGAACUCCAACAUAUCUGGACUGAGUGGAGAAGGAACACUGGUAGAAGGGUCAGGGAUCUUUAUGAACAGCUUGUGGAUCUCACUAACCAAGCUGCGAGGUUGAACAAUUUCACGGAUGCUUCGGCUUACUGGAUGUUCCCUUACGAGACUAACAACAUGAGGCAAGAAGUUGACGAAGUUUGGGAACAGAUCAAACCUUUGUAUGAGUUACUCCACGCGUACGUUCGUCGUCGUCUCCGUGAGUCGUAUGGUCCUGAGAGGAUCUCCCGUUCAGCUCCGAUCCCAGCUCACAUCCUCGGAGACAUGUGGGGACAGAGCUGGUCUGGCAUCGUGCCCUUUACCCUGCCCUACCCUGGAAAAACCUUGGUGGAUGUUUCCCCGGAGAUGGUGCAGCAGGGAUAUACUCCUUUAACAAUCUUUCAACUGGCUGAAGAAUUCUUCGUAUCAAUGAACAUGUCUGCGAUGCCUCACGACUUCUGGGCACUGAGCGCUCUGCAGCAACCCACAGACAGACAUAUACACUGCCAGCCAUCAGCUUGGGACUUUUGUAACCGACAUGACUAUAGGAUCAAAAUGUGCACACAUGUGGAUAUGAAGGACCUGGUGACUGCUCAUCAUGAGAUGGCACACAUCGAGUACUUCCUGGCAUAUAGAAACUUACCUAAGGUGUUCCGCGAUGGUGCCAACCCAGGUUUCCACGAAGCCAUUGGCGAGACAAUAGCUCUAUCAGUCUCCUCUCCACGCCACCUUCAGACCCUGGGCUUAGUCCAACGUUCAGUGGACGACACAGCACACGACAUCAACUACCUCUUUACUCAAGCUAUGGACAAACUGGCGUUCUUACCCUUCGCUCUGGUCAUGGAUAAGUGGAGGUGGGAUGUGUUCACUGGUGAUGUCAGGAAGGAACAGUACAAUUGCCAUUGGUGGAGAUUAAGGGAGCAGUAUCAAGGCAUCAAGCCCCCAGUUCUCCGCUCCGAGCUGGACUUCGAUCCUGGUUCCAAGUACCACAUACCUGCUAACAUCCCGUACAUAAGAUACUUCGUGAGCACCGUCCUGCAGUUCCAGAUCUACCGAGCCCUGUGUGAGCGUACUGGCCAGUUCAUCGUCGGAGACCCAACACGACCACUUCACAAAUGCGACAUCUACAGGAACCCUGAGGCUGGACGGAUUCUAACGCGGAUUAUGGAGCGAGGGUCAUCAGCUCCGUGGAGUCAGAUUCUUCAAGAGACAAUAGGAGAAGGCAGACUGAAUGGAGAAGCUCUUAGAGACUACUUCCGACCUUUAGAGGACUGGCUUAGAAGCGAGAAUCUGAGGACCGGAGAGUACCUGGGCUGGAGUUAUGAUGGAGAUUAUUGCAAAUUCAGUAUCGAGACGGCAGGACUCCAAGUGUACGGUGGUUUCUACAAUGCAGCACAUCGUCAUUAUGACGUCACAAGCUUUGUUAUAAUUUUAUUAACCUCUGCAAUCAUCACCGUAGGGUUCAAUUUGCGUUGGCGGUAAAUUAUAGGAUCAUAUACAUAAGUUAUUAUAAAUUUACAAAUAAGUACAAUGAUAAUGUAAAAACGUUUUUUUUUAAUAUGUGCAAUAGAGUUCAAAUUCGUGUGUUUUUUUUACUUAUGUUUUUAUGAAAUUUAAUAUGUGUAAUGUUUUCUAUUAUGUGUUAAUUUUAUUAUUAAUAAUAUAUAAAUUAUAAUAAAAUAUGUCUCUCUUACUCAGGGUUUAAUAAGUGAAUAAUAAAACACAUUAUUAUUCAAGAAGAAAAACUUUAAUGUUAGAAAU